UUGCUGGAGCUUCCUCUAGCCCCGAACUUAAUUCGUGCCCUCAAUCGCACAAUUGAUAGAGAGACGAGAGCUCCUCCCUGGCCUCCGAACGCUCUCCACUCUUCCAGACUCCGGAAGCUGGUAGCCCGCGAUAGUCUGCAGCUUCUCGUACCAACAUGUUGUCCCAACUCCACAACUUCCGCAGCACCCUGCGGCCGCUCUCUGCAUUAUCCUGCUCUCGUACCUUUGCGACGAGCAGAGCUGCCAUGUCCCAAUAUGGCCUCAAGACGUACCUUAUCAGCCCGGCUGAGCUCGAUUCAGCACUCAAGGAGAACGUUAACAGCAAGCUAUCGACUGCACCCAAGAUCGUGCCUCUGUGCGCAUCAUGGUUCCUUCCCAACGACGGCCGCAGCGGCAGAGAGACAUUCCUAGCUGAGCGCAUUCCUUGCGCACAGUUCUUCGACCUUGACGCUGUCAAAGACGCUCACUCGCUGUUCCCUCAUAUGCUGCCAUCAGUAGAAGAUUUCGCUGUUGCUAUGCGCAAGCUGGGCAUUCGGAGGCACGAUAGCGUAGUUGUCUACGACAGCAAGGAGCUGGGCAUUUUCUCUGCUCCUCGCGUUGGCUGGACUCUGCUAGCAUUCGGCCACCCAAACGUACACGUUCUGAACAACUUCCGCAAGUGGGUAGAGGAGGGGUAUCCUACGGAGAGCGGGGAACCCAAGGCCGUCGACGAGGUCGAUUACCCUGUGCCCGAGCUCGAUAAGGCUAAGGUUGUUGUAUUCGAGGAGGUUCGCGAGAUCGCCAAGGAGCAAGGACUGGAAGGCGCGGAGGAAGUACAAAUCCUCGACGCCCGAAGUCUUGGCCGCUGGAAGGGAGUCGACCCAGAACCACGAGAGGGUCUCUCAUCAGGACACAUUCCGCACUCGAUCUCUGUUCCCGUCAGCGACCUUCUUGAUGCCGACAGCAAGACGCUCUUGUCAGCCGAGAAGCUUCGGGAGGUCUUCAAGUCCAAAAACGUUGACUCCUCCAAGCCCAUCAUUGCCAGUUGCGGUACUGGUGUGACAGCUGCGGUCAUUGACGCGGCUUUAACUGAAGCUGGCUUCCCAACUGAGCAACGAAGACUGUAUGAUGGUAGCUGGACUGAGUGGGCACAGCGGGUAAAGUCUAACGAGCGUCUGAUCCGUAAGUCUGAGUAGGAGGGCACCAGGAACAUUGGCUACGUCUUUACUUUAUCUGGCAGAUUGAUACCCAUCGCGUAUGAGCAGCAACCGGAAUCGCGUUGCACUAUUUAGCAGAUAGCCCAAUCAUCGAACAUGUUAGCAGUGUUUCGCCUUCGUACCAGCCUCAACUGCUUUGCAAAAACAUACACAUACUACCCCGUCUCCAUCAGACGGUUUCUGGGCUCAUCAUUUAGUAGUAGGAAAAUUGCAAGUAUUCUGACGGUGUAUUACUUGCUCUCGAG